CCUAAUUGGAAUGGAUAUGAGCAACACAUCUCGAAGAACAAGUUACAACGGUGAGUAACCAUCUUUUUUUUGUCAGAUUGUGGUGGGUGCAGUCCGUAUACAGCUAUGCCAGUUCUCAAUUUGUUUUUCUGUUAAGGUAUGGAACUAAAGAGUCAUUCUGGCUUCUAUGUAGCAGGGAAUUGAUAAUGUUGAGUGUGGUGCAAGAGGCAUUUGAGGCCUCUUUUCACAAGUGAUUUCUGAAGCAAGUUCUGCUUCCUUAUGUCUCAGUUGAUUAGGGUGGCAACUUCCAGUCCACUCUGUCCUUCCUACGUCUGCCAAUUUCCAGUUGCUCUGGCGUAGGAUUUAGCCUAGCAAAAAAGGUGGUGUAAAAGGAAAUCUGAAUCUGGGUUAGCCACCCUGCUUGAUUUAAGAAUGUAUUGAAUUACAUAUAGAAGGAAAAUGGCUCUAAGGAGAUCCUGUAACAGAAAACUUUCGAAUCUGAAAUCUAAGACCAAAAAACUCACCUAAUUCACUACAUCUUCAGAGCAUAGAGAACGGUACUGUGGUGAUUAAAUACUCAUAUUGUGUAUAGAUGGCUUUCUGAAUUACAGAGCUUCUCUGAACAGAAAUUAUUCACUUCCUUGCAGUUUAGAUGUUCAAUCUUCAUACCAGUUUAAAAAAAAAAUUCUAAACCCACUGAGAGAGAACAUAAUGAAACGGUUCCAUCCCCAGUAAACAGGAAUGCUCUCCUUUUAUAUAAAAUUCAUUCUUUCCCAAGUCUCUUGUCAUUGAGGUGCUUGGGGCAGCCUAGAUCAAAAAUGUGCAUUUUUUCUCUGCUCUUUGAUCCUCUUUCUUGAGCAUGUUUGAGGGAAGAGAGAGGGGCAGGAAAAUGCCUAUGUUCAAGUUAAAUCUGAUGCGUGCCUGUGAUUUAGAAGAUGCUGCUUGGUAGACAAUUGUGAGCUGUGGGGGUGGGCAUCAUGUGUGGUCUUCAUUGUAAAUCUACUUUUAUAGUUUUAUGUCCAGAAAACAAAGAUGCCAAGAAAUUUGCUCUGGCUCGAUUUCAGAGCAUGUUAAACCCUAAAGUUGAAGGCCCUUGUUGUUUGAUGUGAGCCCUAAUAAAACUGCCCCCCACACAGGAGGGUAAACUAUCAAACCAUAUGCCUGUUUUUGGUGUGGCUUCUGUAAUGAGUUGUGUUGUAUUCUCAUUGCCAGUGUGACAUGGGAUGGACACCCCAAAGGUAAGCAUUUCAAACAUAGUCCCGAAUCCUGUGGGGCACUCAGCCAACAACCACUAGAGUGCACUCACCAAAUUGGGAGGGGUAACUGAUUUCCAACAGUCCAGCUGUGCAUGCACUGGGGGAGGAAUUUUUAGGCACAAAGUUUAGAGGGUGGAGCUGUUCCUGACUUCAGGAGGGAGGUCUGCCGUGCGUCUCUGCAGAGUGUUUGCACUCUGUGUGUGUCUGCGUUCUCAUAGGAAGGGACUUGUGAUCUGACUGGACAAAGUUUCAUUAUACUAGUGAAGUUCCCAAGCCUUUUCUACUUUGAAGAGUUUAAGAAUUCCUUCUGACACACUCUUCCUGGAGGAAGAAAUGCCCCAUCACAGCGUUCUUCGCCUGGUCCUGCUGAUGCUCUCUGGAGUUGUGGUCCCUGCUGUUCUAACAGCAGAGUAUCCCCAAGGACCUGCCCCCACGCUGUGGAACGAGCCGCCGGAGCUGCCGUCAGGAGGGGGCCCCUUUGAUGCUGCCACCACCAUGGGUCGCUUCUCGGACUCUACAGCCUUCCCCCCGUACACCUCGGAGUAUGAGCCUGAGGACACCACCCACCUGCACCGUCUGGAUGAUAACGGGUCUCUGGGUCCUGGAGCCAUCAGUGCCAUCGUAAUCGCUGCUCUCCUAGGCACGUCUGUGAUUGUGGCCCUGAUCGUCAUCACCCUGCGAAAAUUCUCUGCCUCCUGA